AAAGUGAAGAGACGGGAAUAUGUCCAUGCCGAGUCAGACAUCUUCCGCUGUAGAAUACGACUAUGCAGCAAACUGGACCAACAUGGAGCGAGAAGUCAGCGCUCUCAGGAGGCCGACAAACCUCACAGAAGAAAGAGAGAGAAAACAUACACCUGUGACGAGUGUGGGAAGGAGUUUACUGUGAGGUCCAAACUAAAACAUCAUCAGGUCAUCCACACUGGAGAGAGACCGUUCAGCUGUGACUUGUGUGGAAAGUUUUUUUCCUGGAAGCGUUCCCUAAAAUCACACCAACUCAUCCACAGUGAAGUUAAAGCGUACAGCUGUUAUCAGUGUGGCAGAGCUUUUACUCACAGUAGCCACUUACAGAGUCAUCUAGUUACCCACUCUGGAAUUAAGGCAUACAGCUGUGACAAGUGUGGGAAGGAUUUUAUUGGGAAGGAUGAACUAAAAGAGCAUCAGGUCAUCCACACUGGAGAGAGACCACUCAGCUGUGACUUGUGUGGAAAGUCUUUUUCCAGGAAGGAUUCCCUAAAACAACACCAACUCAUCCACAGUGAAGUUAAAGCGUACAGCUGUGAUCAGUGUGGCAGAGCUUUUACUCACAGUAGCCACUUACAGAGGCAUCUAGUUACCCACUCUGGAAUUAAGGCAUACAGCUGUGACAUCUGUGGAAAAACUUUCAGCCGGAUAGACAGCCAAAAUAGACACCUACGCAUUCACUCCAGACACGAUGUGUACUGCUGUGAACAGUGUGGCAAAGAGUUUACAACAGACACACAGUUAAAACAACACAUGUUUACCCACACUGAGGGACGACCUUAUAAAUGUGACCUGUGUGAGAAGACUUUUAAAUCUCCACGUCACCUGAGACGACACCAACAGAUCCACACCAGAAAGAGACUCUACAAGUGCAGUUACUGUGAGAAGCAGAGCGACACAGAUGGAUCCAGUUCUCAACCCUGUCAUCGCUGUGGUGGUGGGAAAGACUUUCGUUGUGACCUCUGUGGAAAAACGUUCAGUCAGCAAAAGAACCUAAAAAUACAUCAACGUAGACACACUGGAGACAAACUGAAAUACUGCAAAGAAUGUGGGAGAAGCUUCACCACAUCAAGUAGAUUAAAACGCCAUGAACUGAUUCACAGUGGGGUUAAAAAGCACCUCUGUGAUCAGUGUGGGUCAUCCUUCACCACUGCAAGGGAGCUUAAAACACACAAACGAGUCCACACAGGAGAGAAACCAUACAAGUGCAGACACUGUGACAAAAGCUUCUCACAAUCAAAUAGUCGUAACAAUCAUGAACGUGCACACAUGGAAGGAAACUACAGCUGUGACCAGUGUGACAAGAGCUUCGGGAAUCUCAGUUCAUUCUCCAAACACAAACGAUCCCACGUUACUAAUAAACUCUUUCACUGUUACCAAUGUGCCGAAACAUUCACCGCAUUGUCUGCUCUGUGCAAACAUCAGCGUGAUCACUCAAAAUUGUGUUGAACUGAACUGGUUGCUGGGCUGAACUUCUACAUAAUACAGAUUUACGUGGGUUCUUAUUUUCUGUCAUUUUACUGAGUCAGUUUUGUCCUUUUUUCUCUCUCCUGGGGUCCGUUCUUCAUACCUCGGUUACUACAUCCAAGAUCAAAUCAUCGCGCCAACUUUGAGCUCGCUAAUCCGGACAUGAAGCGGACAUACCUGAGUGGCCGCGAUCUAAUCCUGUUUACAUAAAGUAAGCCUGCUCCCAAGCAGGUUUACGCUUACGGAUCUGUUGCUAUGACAGCAAGUCCCGGAUGAGCUUCGGAGAACCGAACGAUCCAAGAUCACGCAAAAUCGUCAACAAUCAAAUCCAGCUAACUUACUUAGCGAGGUACGAAGAACGGACCCCUGGUUUUGCUCGUCUGUAAAUAAUUGAAACUCAGUCAAAUAGUUCAUUGUUCUCCAGCAAAACGUUUUGGAAACUCAUGUUUAACCUUUAAAACUCUGACAUGUUUUAGCACACAAGGCUUCAUCGGGGAGUUCACUCAUGAUUGGACCAUGAGAAUAAAGGUUUUUAGUUCUUUCAAAGAGA